AUGCGCAAAAGGAGGCGAAGGGCCCCAACCGCCGCCAAGACAAACGGUACCACCAGCACUACCCAAAGCCAACCACACACACACACACAACCACAACAACAAUACGCGCCACGCAACACUGCAGCAAGUGUGGGGGUGACCGGAAGUACGGCUGCCGAUGGUAAGAGAACAGACACGAGAGACGGGGGAGUGGUGCAUACGAAUGCUGUGCAUGUGCGAAAGCCGUCUGUGCCCAAGCUUACACUGGCGCAGAAGCUGAGUAAAAGGAGGCCUACGAACAAACGGACCAGCGGAUUCACAUAG